AUGGUAGUUGAUAUUCCCGACCAUCAUGAAAAGCAGGUAACAGCCUCACUUUAUCUCCUGGUUUCUCUUUUCGGUAUUGUACUCCUUCUUCUUCUACUUCUGAACUUUCAUGUAUCCCUCGAAUGCAUAAUUAUCGCCAAAAUCAUUGUUGUUGCGUUGCUUUCCUUGCAGAUGAAGGUUUUAUGUUAUGUGCAGCGGGAUUGGUUUAUUGGUUGUUGUGAAUUCGACCUAGCUCAACGUCCCAUGGUGCAAAGUUGCAAGGAAAUGGUUUUGGAGUAUGAGGCAUGA